AUGCCAAAAACCAUCGAGACUGUGAACCUAUCCCACACCUACGGCCUCUACCACGGACCAGCAACGAUCUCCAGCGGAAAGGUUCUCCACAUCUCCGGUCAGCCUGGAAACACCAAGGAAGGACAUGUCCCCAAGGACUAUGAGUCUCAGAUUCACCUCUGUCUUUUCAACCUGCGUAAGCUGAUUAUCGCUGCCGGGGCCAACAUUAAAGACAUCGCCAAGCUCAACGUCUACAUCGUCGACUAUGAUGCCAAGAACCGCAAGCAUGUGCGUCCAAUCCAACGGUUUUAUGGAGAGCACCGACCGGCCCAGACCCUCAUCCCCGUGCCCAAGCUAGCAGUCCCCGACUGGCUGAUUGAGAUCGACGCCAUCAUCGCCCUUCCCGAACGACCUCCGAUUCCUCCAGCCUUCCCUGCCGCGACAGAAAGUGCUGAUGUUGUGAUCAUAGGGGCUGGACUUGCCGGACUUUCUGCGGCACUCGAAGUAAUUCGAUCGGGUCUUUCAUGUGUUAUACUGGAGGCUCGAGAUCGUGUUGGUGGAAAGACGUGGAGCCAGCAAACCUCUGACGGAAGGGGUGUCAUCGAUGUCGGUGCUGCGUGGAUCAACGACACAAAUCAGAGCAGAAUCUGGACAAUUGCAAAGCGGUAUGGCGCUGAGAUCAUCGUGCAAAACACCCAGGGAAAAGCGAUUCUGGAGAACUACGAUGGGGAAGUUUCCUCGUUCGGAUAUGGUGAGGUGCCGAAUUUCGAUGAAGCGACACGGAAGAAUGUUACAGAAAUUCGGGACAUGUGUGAGGCUGAAUGCCAGGAGCUGGAUACUUGGCGCCCCCAGAACACCUGUCUUGACGCCCUGACCUUCGAAGCCUAUAUCCGUUCCCGAGGGGCCAGCGAAGCAGCAAUGGGCACUGCAACUGUGUGGACACGCGCGAUGCUGGGUGUUGAGCCUUCCGAAAUCUCCGCACUUUAUUUCCUGAAUUACUGCAAGUCUGGUGGUGGCCUUCUCAACAUGCGAUCAGACCGCAAAGAUGGUGGUCAGUAUCUUCGGGUCCGCGGAGGAACGCAGACUCUAUCCAAGGGUCUUGCCUCGUCUCUCCCGGAGGGAGUCCUCCAUCUCGACAGUCCAGUCCAGUCAAUCGUGCAAGAGCAGGAUCGGUCCAUUAAGGUCCAGGCUGGUGGCAUUGUCUAUUCUGCAGCCAAGGUGAUCACGACCGUCCCUGGUCCAGCUCUCAAGAACAUUUCGUUCUACCCGCCACUUCCUCCUGCUAAGCGGGCAUGGACUGAAUCACUCUACUAUGGAUACUAUACCAAGGCUAUGAUGGAAUUUAAAUCCCCUUUCUGGGUUGAACGCGGAUUCUGCGGUCUGGCCAAUUCAUUCAUCGGCCCGGCAGGCGUUAUCCGGGAUAGUUGCAUCCCCCAGGAUAAUAAGUACGUUCUAACCUGUUUUAUGGGUGGUGAAUCUGGUCGUGCCUGGGCCACCUUGUCGACACCCGGGCGUGAGAAAGCUCUUCUAAAGCAAAUUAGCAAGCUCUACGGUGUCGCAAACGUGGAAGAGCAGUUCUUGAGGAUGACUGCCCAUGAGUGGGUUCACGACGAGUACGCGGGCCUGGGUUGUCCUUGCACUACUCUACCACCGGGUAUUCUUGAUACUCUCGGUGGUGAUGGCCUCCGUUCGCCGGUUGGAAACUUGCACUUUGCUGGUACAGAGACUGCUGGGGAGUGGAAAGGCUAUAUGGAGGGGGCGGUUCGUAGUGGUGAGCGAGCGGCUGCGGAGGUUGUUAAGGACCUCCAGGCGCCCAUCACUGCCCGACUUUGA